AUGUAUACAAAGGUUGGGGUGGAGAAGCCCCAACGAAGAAAGGAGCCCAGCCAUGUGAUGCGAACUAGAUCGAGAACGUCGGAGGAUGACGAUCUACCUAUCAUACCAGAGGAGCUCGCUGAAACUGCCUCAGCAGUAAGCCAGUCGGCUCGCUCUUUGAGGUCACAGAACCAAGAGACUAUGCAGUUCAUGACAGAUCCGGAGAAACAGCUCCAGACGUCAUAUAAGAAGAGGAGGAUGACAGCACCAGCUGAUGAUAUGGCGGAGGACUACGUUAUGGAUGAACAACCCCGAACGACUCGGCGAUACCAACUGGUACGACACAAAGUUGCUGAAAUCGACGAAGAUGCGGAAGAGGAGUUCCAUGAUGCGUCGGAGCACAGUGAUGAUCCAGGAACAGACACCAACAACACCACCACAUCUCAAUGA